AUGUUUGAGAAUAGAUAUCUCAUUAUAUCAGUAACAUGUUUUAAUAUAUUAUUUAUAUUUUCAAAUAUUUGGCUCUUCAGAAGAGCGUAUGAACCAGUAAUUAAUUCUAUAAAGUCUGUUCAAUAUCAACAACAAUUCGUACCUAUUUUAUAUAAUCGAGUGCCAAAAUGUGCUAGUACAUUGAUGAAGAUGUUGUUUGUAAAACAAUCUAGAUUAUUAAAUUUCAAAUUUUUGGAAGCAAAAGUGUAUACAGAAUACAAAUUGAAUCAAGUAGAACAAAAACAUUUUGUCAACAAGUUGAUGAAUAAUUCAAAAACAUUAACAUUAUUUGAACGUCAUAUUUAUUUUAUUGAUUUUAAUCGACAUCAACAUAUACAACCAUUUUAUAUUAAUUUAUUACGAAAUCCAUUAGAACGUGCUAUAUCCGAUUAUUAUUAUUCACGUUAUAUGUGUACAGUAAAAAGAAAAACAUGUUUUAGAAUGAAUCUUGCUUAUAUUAAUGAAACAUUGGAUGAUUGUAUAAUUAGAAAUGAAAAUCAACCACAUGUUUGUACAUCUUUAGAACAUGGUGUACAUUCAGCAAUAGCCUUUUUCUGUGGUCAAUCAUCAUAUUGUGAAGGGUAUAAAACUAUUGAAGAAGCAUUAUGGCAAGCAAAAUCAAACAUUGUCAAAUAUUAUAAAUUAAUUGGUAUAACAGAAAAUUUAUUUAAAACAUUUUCCGUAAUGGAACAUGUAUUACCACAAUUUUUUGCAAAUAUAUCAAAAUUAUAUUUACGUCAAAAAAAGAAACGUAUAUGGGAAACACCAAAAGCGUAUAGAAUUGAACCAAAUAAUCGAACAAAAGAAAUUUUAUACAAGGCAUUAAAAUACGAAAUAGAUUUAUAUACAUAUGUUAAAAGAAGAUUAGAUAGGCGAUAUGAUGAAAUUUUUAGUGCCAAAAAAAAAAUAGAAUAA